AAUAAAUACCGUAUCAUAAAAAAAAUUGUUUAAUCGAAAUGAAAAAGGUUUACAACAACGUCAAAAGGCGGUUACAUACUAGCAUUUUUUACGCGCUUAUAAGCUCGCCUUUGGUAGCGCAUGUUUUCACGUAUAGGCGCGCCUUUUGGCAAACGCCCAACUCGUACGAGCGAUGACGCGCUUCCAAGCUCGUUUAUGCAAAUAGCAACGUUUCUUCGUCAGAAACCAUAUUGAUACUGACACGACGCGACGCCACUACCGGUUCGAGUGAACACGCCGAAAUACGCGCAAUGCGCAUACGGUUUUUUGAAACGCGUAUUUUAGUGCGCGCGUAAGCGUGUAUGCUGAAACAACUGUGUACGCACAGAAAAAUACGUCUUUGACCUCGAAUCUUUAACCGCCCUAACUACGAUAAAAACUACUGCCAACCUAUGUAAGUAGUAAGACGUAACAAACAUUGUUUUAUAUUAUUGCUAUCUUAUUCUUAUUGUAUAGAUUCUGUUCAGCAGAAAAGUUGUUUUUAGGCUUUUUUCCAUAAUGAUGUUCCAUUUACGUAAUAGACUCUUUGGUUCAGACAGCGUCUAUUAUUUAUGACGUUUAGAUUAAGUAAGCAAAGUUAAUAAAACGUACUGCUUUAUUUUCUAUCAAUAUUUAAAGAGUUGCUUUAUCAUAAUUGUAAAUAAAGUUACUUAAGUCAGGUUUAAUUCCUAAUGUUUUACACUACACCUACAUCUAUUUAUUGCAUAAUUGCUACAGAAUUUUGUGAACGAUUUUCUUUUUGUGGAUUGCGAACCAUUCUGUCCCUCUAUUUACGAAAUGUUCUUUGCCUACACGAGAAUGCAGCUACAGUUGUUUAUCACAUCUUUAUAAUGAUGUGCUAUACUAUGCCAUUAAUGGGGGCAGUUCUUGCUGAUAAUUUUAUUGGCAGAUAUAAAGUAAUUUUGUACUUCUCCAUUAUAUAUCUCGUAGGAACUGUAUUGACGUGCCUCUCUGCAAUACCUCCAUUAAUGUUGCCUCCUACGACAACUUCCAUGAUUGGGUUAGCUUUAAUAGCAACAGGCACGGGUGGAAUUAAGCCUUGUGUAGCGGCUUUCGGAGGCGACCAGUUUCGGCUGCCGGAGGAGAAUCAACGCUUACAACGAUUUUUCUCAACGUUCUAUUGUACCGUAAACCUUGGUGGGUUUAUGGGGACGAUUGUGACGCCGAUGUUAAGACGCAGUAUCAUGUGUUUUGGUGACGAUACCUGCUAUGCCCUUGGAUUUGGCUUUCCCUCCUUGCUUGUCCUCAUAUCUAUUGUGACGUUUGUCGCUGGUAAGCCAUGGUAUAGAAUAAAAAAGCCACGUGAUGCAAUAACCUUCAGAUUUCUAGCAUGUACAUGGUAUGCAUUGAAGAAGCGUGUCCAACAUGACAGGAAGACAGAUGGUCCGCCUCCAGAUCACUGGCUGGACUUCUCCGUCACAAAAUUUGGACGUAAACUCGUUGAAGAUAUGAAAAUUGUGUGUUCUAUACUCUAUCUAUAUAUACCAGUUCCAAUAUUCUGGUCCCUCUUUGAUCAACAGGGUUCCCGUUGGACGUUUCAAGCUUCGAGGCUGCGAAGCGAGCUGUUUGGAGUUGCUCUAAUGCCUGAUCAAUUGCAAGUCAUGAAUCCUGCAAUGGUUCUUUUUAUGAUACCAGUAUGCCCUGGUGGAGCAUGGCCGCUCUUACCCGAUCUUCAACCCUUACACAAAAUGUUUCUUGGUGGGAUACUUGCUUCUUUGGCUUUCGUCGCAGCUGGCAUUCUGCAGAUCGGUAUUGAGCGUUCAACUCUUCAAGUACCAGGGCACCAGCAAACCGGACUGGUUUUAUUGAAUACACUGGCAUGCCCCAUAGAGGUUGCGGUUAGAGGUGAAGGUAUAGCACCAGUCGAAGAGCAGGGAACAGCUCUCAUGACCCCUCUUGAGCGCCAACGGUUUUUCAUAUCGGCCAGUUGUCCCAUGGACUGUGCUGGAAGGAUCAUGAAACGACAUAUUAUUACAGCACAGCUUAAUACAGCACCUGAAGUGUUUAUGCCUAUAAUAGUGGGACAAAACUCAGACGACGAAAUUUCUUUAUAUUUCAUGGAUCCGAACCCUUUCAUGAAAUCUUUAACGGGGAAACCCAAAUUGAAGGUGGUGUACAUAGGUGACUGCGGGCCAAAUAAAAAUGUCUCAAUUUCUGUGGAAACAGAGAAACAACUCAGCGAUAUUUACUACGUCUCAAACACUCCAAUUGACGACAUCGGAGAAUCCGCUUACAUGUGCUUACAGCCCGGAAAGUUCAGGUGGCACGCGAAAAGUGCUGGUGGUGAAGUGACAGGUUCCGGUGAGGGCUAUCUUCGCCCUGGUGGUGUUUAUGUACUAUGCCUGCGCGAGAGACUGGGUAGAUUGGAUGCAGCGGUGCUCCAUUCUCCGAAUCCACCAAACGAACUUCACCUUGCUUGGAUCGUACCACAAUAUCUUCUUAUAUCGAUCGCGGAAAUUAUGUUUGCGGUUUCUGGACUUGAGUUUUCAUUUACACAGGCGCCAAAAUGCAUGAAGACCAUCACCAUAGCAGCCUGGUACAUGUCCGUUGCUAUUGGAAAUCUUAUCGUGAUUUUAGUUGCGCAAAUUAAGAUCUUCGAUUCACGAGCUAAAGAAUUUUUCGCGUAUGCCAGUGUUCUUACGAUUGCUAUGCUAGUGUUUUUAAAAAUGUCUCAAGGCUAUUGUACUCGAACAAUGGAGGGUGACGGUUCAUCGACGGAAAGCCACCCCUUGCUACGUCAUCAUUCUAGGGUUAUAUCCGUACAUUCAUUAUCAACAAGAACAAGGACGUAUAGUAGACCGGAAAGCAGCGAAGCUUCGUGUAUAGGACUAAUGGAGAAGCAGAAAACGAAAGCUUGGCCGUCUCAUGCCUUUGUUAAUUUGGCUACACCAAGUACAAGCGAUCUGAAAGCUACGACUCUAGCUAAGUAACUGUUACUUGAUAGAUUGUAAGAAAUUUCCAACUGUCAAUGAAACGAUGUUAAAUUCAAGAACAAGGUAAAAAUCCCAUUCUAAGCAAAUCUUAUUUUCCAGCUCUCUUUGUAAAACUCAAUGAUCAAGUUUACAGCUCAGUGAGACGUGUUCACGCGUUUUCACACAAUUCCAGAGAUGCACUAGAAAUUCUCCCCACUGGUCGGCAUUCGAUAGUUACAAGUGCAUGAAUAUGGUGCAAAGAAUGUCCGUUGGUAUGGGUCCUCUAGGGACCCUUAGCACGCUCUGCGUUGUGCUUAGUAUACGUGAAUACGAUAUCGUUGACAACUUGUUAGAUUCUUACUUGAUUUGUGUUCGCCCGUUUAGUGUUAUUAAGUGUUUUCUAUAGAAAAGCUAACGGACCUCAAACACAGAUAAAAAAUUUAACAAAAUGUUGAUGUUAGGAGUUUACAUUGUACGCACUUAUUACGUAUGCACAGAAGAUUUAUAUUAAGAUUUUUUCUACAUA